CUCAUUGCGUUUUCCUUCUUCUCUCGUAGCCUUUUGCAUCGAAGAUGGCGGGUGGCGUGGACGGCCCCAUAGGGAUCCCGUUCCCCGAUCACAGCAGCGACAUCCUCAGCAGUCUGAAUGAGCAGAGAAACAACGGGCUGUUGUGCGACGUGGUCAUCUUGGUGGAAGGCCAGGAGUUCCCCACCCACCGCUCCGUCCUGGCGGCAUGCAGCCAGUACUUCAAGAAGCUCUUCACCUCAGGGUUAGUGGUGGACCAGCAAAACGUGUAUGAGAUAGACUUUGUGAGUGCGGACGCCUUGUCGGCUCUGCUGGAGUUCGCUUACACCGCGACCCUUACUGUCAGCACUUCAAAUGUCAAUGACAUCCUCAAUGCCGCCACACUGCUGGAGAUCCCGGCAGUAAGGGAUGUUUGCACGGAUCUCCUGGACAGGAAGAUUCUGGCCAAAAAUGACCAGAUGGAUACAGUAGAUCAAAUUGAUCAAAGGAACCAUCUCAGAGCAAAAGAGUACCUGGAGUUCUUCCAGAGCAACCCCGUCAAUGGCCACCAAGGCAGCUUUCCGUGGACCAACCCAGAGUUGAGAGACCUUCAGAGACUGAACUUCCGAGGCCAAGAGGAGGAGGAGGAGCCAGACUGCGAUGGCAUGGACUUCUACUCGCAAGCCCCCCUAAACGAAAGACCAAAGGCGAAUGACUGUGAUCCUGACAGCAACCCAGCCAUGUGGCUGGACAGAGAGGAGGAGGAGGCAGCUCCUGGCUCCUUGUUUUCACCUUCUCAGAACGGACAUUACAGCGCCCGUGGCCUGCCCACACCGGGAGAAGAGGAGGGGACCCCGGGGGGGCCUCUGGACCAGCAGGAAGCCGGCGACUCCCCCAGCUUCGUUCCUGCUGGAGCGGAGACAGAGGAUGAUGCGAGGGAGGUGGAUGGCUUGGCUGCUAGCGCCCUGCUGCAGCAAAUGAUCAAUUCCGCAGGGAGACAGCAGCUCGGGGAGGAUGACCGAAAGGAUGACGAUGGGGUCAUGGAUUAUUACUUGAAAUAUUUCAGCAGUUCGAACGAGGGCGAUGUCUAUCCGUCCUGGUCCCAGAAGGUGGAGAAGAAGAUCAGGGCAAAAGCAUUCCAAAAGUGCCCCAUCUGCGAGAAGGUGAUCCAGGGGGCUGGCAAGCUGCCGCGCCACAUCCGCACCCACACCGGGGAGAAGCCCUAUGAGUGCAACAUCUGCAAAGUCCGAUUCACCAGGCAGGACAAGCUGAAGGUUCACAUGAGGAAGCACACGGGGGAGAAGCCGUACUUGUGCCAGCAAUGCGGCGCCGCUUUCGCUCACAACUACGACUUGAAGAACCACAUGCGCGUCCACACCGGCCUGCGGCCCUACCAGUGCGACAGCUGCUCCAAGACUUUCGUCCGCUCCGACCACUUGCACAGGCACCUUAAAAAAGAUGGAUGCAACGGUAUUCCAUCCAGGAGGGGCCGUAAACCCCGGGUGAGAGAUGCCGGGGGUUUGCCCAGUACCCCUACGGGGAAUCCCGAAGAUGGAAGUUUUCAAGCCGGUGGGGAGAGUCAAGAAUCAGAGGACACCCUGCAGAGGAACGGCGAGGAGCAGCAGCACUUUGAGGAUAAUUCAAAUAAUGAAGCGUCAGGAUUGAAUGUAGCAGGAGGGUCGUCUGAGGGUAACACGCAAGGACUCUCCUAAACCAAAAAAAAAACAAAGUGUCACAAAAUCUAGUUAGUACUUUUCCUCCGAUUUUUCUCUUUAAAGAUGUUUCUCUCCCUUUUUUUAAAAAAAAACAGAAAAAAAUAUAUAUAUAUAUUAUGUUUCCAAUCUUCCCAUCGUA